AUGCAGACCCAAGAAGACGGUGGAGGAGGACCUUGCGAAAGAAAACCGGUAGUUCAGGAGGUUGUGGAGGAAAGAAGAGAAUUGCAGUAUCACUUUGAGAACGAGAGGUGGAGGAUCACACUUGAUGAAGCAAACUUGCGAUGGACUUGGUUAAUGGACGUAAGAAGACAUGUAGAUGAUGAUUUUCUGGAGAGAGCCGCGCAGAGAGCCUGUGUUAAAAAAGACAUUGAGAAGCUUUAUGAAACUGUACCACAACUUGGAAACCUGUUUAAGAUUAAGGACAAAAUUGGAGAAGGCAUUUUCAGCUCUAUUUAUUUGGCCACAGCACAAUUGCAAGUAGGAGCUGAAGAGAAAAUUGCUCUAAAACACUUAAUUCCAACAAGUCAUCCUAUAAGAAUUGCAGCUGAACUUCAGUGUCUGACAGUGGCUGGGGGGCAAGACAAUGUCAUGGGAGUUAAGUACUGCUUUAGGAAAAAUGAUCAUGUCGUUAUUGUCAUGCCAUAUCUGGAGCAUGAAUCCUUUUUGGAUAUUUUGAAUUCUCUUUCCUUUCAAGAGGUACGGGAAUAUAUGUUUAAUCUAUUCAGAGCUUUGAAACGCAUUCAUCAGUUUGGUAUUGUUCACCGUGAUGUUAAGCCCAGCAAUUUUUUAUAUAAUAGGCGCCUGGAAAUGUAUGCUUUGGUAGACUUUGGUUUGGCCCAAGGAACCUAUGAUACGAAAAUAGAGCUUCUCAAAUUUGUCCAGUCUGAAACUCAGCAGGAAAGUUGUUCACAAAAUAAAUCCCACGUAAUCACAGGAAACAAGAUUUCAUUGAGUAACCCAGCAGUACCUAAGGAGGUGGUUCAGCAGCCCACCACAAAAACUACUGUUAAAAGGCCCUACACGAAUGCACAGAUUCAAAUUAAACAAGGAAAAGAUGGAAAGGAGGGAUCUGUAGGCCUUUCUGUCCAGCGCUCUGUUUUUGGAGAAAGAAAUUUCAAUAUACACAGCUCCAUUUCACAUGAGAGCCCUGCAGUGAAACUUCUGAAGCAGUCAAAAACUGUGGAUGGAUUAUCCAGAAAGUUAGCAACGAAAAAGAAGGCUGUGUCUACAAAGGGUAUGAAUAGCGGUGUAGUGAGGAAAACUGCCAGUUCCUGCUCAGCAACCCUGACCUGUGACUGUUAUGCAACAGAUAAAGUGUGCAGUAUUUGCCUUUCAAGGCGACAACAGGUUGCUCCUCGGGCAGGUACACCAGGAUUUAGAGCACCAGAAGUGUUGACAAAGUGCCCCAAUCAAACUACAGCAAUUGACAUGUGGUCUGCAGGUGUCAUAUUCCUUUCUUUGCUUAGUGGACGAUAUCCAUUCUAUAAAGCAAGUGAUGAUUUAACUGCUUUGGCUCAAAUUAUGACAAUUCGUGGAUCCAAGGAAACUAUACAGGCUGCUAAAACAUUUGGAAAAUCAAUAUUAUGUAGCAAAGAAGUGCCAGCACAAGACUUAAGAACUCUCUGUGAGAAGCUCAGGGGUCUGGAUUCUAAUACUCCCAAAUUAACAAAUGAUAUACAGAAACAUGCUCUUCAUGAGACAGAUUAUUCUGAGAAGACUGUUCAUAAAGCUUCCCGGCUUACAGAAAUACCUGAAGAACAGCACUCAGGGAAUUCAUUAUAUAAAGGGGACAGUAAUGGCUGUAGUAGAGGUCAUUUUGAUGAAUGCACAGCCAAUUUAGAUGGCUGGGAUAAAGUACCAGAUGAAGCUUAUGACUUGCUUGACAAACUUUUGGAUCUAAAUCCAGCUUCAAGAAUAACAGCAGAACAAGCUUUGUUGCAUCCAUUUUUUAAAGACAUGUACUUGUGAUUAUUAUUUAUCAGUUAAUGUUUGCUGUCGUGUAUUGUGAAGUCAGUGGAAGUUGUGAUAUUUGUAUAAAAUAAAUAAUUUAUUUUAUUUUAAAAUGUUAGUAUUUUCAUAGCACAUCCUAAAAUCUGGAAUAAGAUUACUUACAGUGCCAGUGUAGGUUUUUGGACAAGCAAUCUGAUGUAGAUCGUCCAAAGUAGCAAAUUAGAUCUUUAGUUUCCCUUAUUCCUUCUCACUGCUCUGUUGAUAAAGAAGCACCUUUGUGCUAGCCUGUAAUUUGGAGUUCAAGGCACAAGUCUUAAAAGUAAUCAAUAUGAUGGGGAGUAAGUGUUUUGGGGUCUCUUCAAGCUCUGUUAACAGUUUGGUGCUGAUACCUGGUACUCAUUCUUGUGGUAAAGAAAAUUUCCUUCCCUGUGGGUAUACAUUGUACCUUUUAUAAACACUGAAGAAUGAAAAAAAGGUUGGCCAUUAAUGGUGGAUGAGGAAUAUCACAAGGUUGAAUUUAAUUUACCCUUUCCAAAAGUAUUUUUGAAAGUAUUUUUCUGUAAAUUCUUUUUUAAAAUGGUUUUUCUGGUUAUCUUUUUUUUCUCUGCUCCCACAUUCUUGGAAAUUGUAUGGUGCUUUCUACAAAGUUCGGGUGCUUUUUAGAUAUUACAUAUGUUUACAAUUGGGAAUUUAAAAUACACCGGUUGAUAAAGGGAAACCACAGUGAAUAUUGAUAGCCAAAAAUGGUUUCCUUUUUCUGUUUUUUCAUACCAUUUUAGGUAUAAUUAGGUCGCUACCAAAAGAAAAGAACACAAAAUUAAGAAUAUUAGAAAUUUUUCCUCUGCCUCAGCCAUAGGCAAAAUCUAUAUACUCUUUUGACUAAGUUGGUCUUCCUCCAAGAACAGUGAUAACUGAAGUCUUUGAUGGGUUGGAAAAAGAGAAAAUGAUAUAGGCAAAGUAGAAGGUAUCUUCAAUAGAGACUUAUGUAUUACUAACUUCCAAAAAUAAUAUAUAUUAAUAACAGCAUAUCAAUUUCCUAUAAGAAAUAGAUGGAAGGAUGGGUCUGCUGCAAGGCUGUCAUCUAAUAGUCAUAGAUUAUAAAAACAGCUGAGGGACCUGUAACAUUCAUUCUGUUCUUUUAAGC